GGAAGUACUUGUGAUUUGUACCAAUGAGAUCAGGAAGUAUGAUGACAGUGUCACUGUUGGUACAUUUACAUAUAUACCGCAACUACUUUUUAAGCUCCAAUGGUUGUUAACUUCCACCCCCCAUUUGAUUCUAACAGAUGGCAUAUGUAGAAAUUCUGAGCUUGCAUGUGUGUGUCUUGGUGUUUAAAUAGAAGUAAUCUCAUUUUGAUACUGGCUAAUUUCCCUUUUUCAAUUUCUCAUCUUUGAAAUGACAGGUUGUGAAUUACAGAAAGGGUGUUGUACAUCAGUCAUGUUCUUAGUGGUAGAGGAUCUAAUAUUAUCAAUAUGUUAUCCCCCUCGAUACUGUGAAAACCCGUUUUAAGACUCAUCUCUUUUUACAGCCUUUUAAUAGUCAUCAUGAAGACAUGAACAGUCACACUCUGUUUUUAUUUUAUUUUCUCUCUCUAUUAAUUAUUUGCUCCCUGUGCAGUGCUGUUGUGUUUUUAGGAUUUAAUUCCCACUUUAUUUAUUUUAUUCUACACUUUUAUUAACUCCCCCUUUAUCCUUAUAACUUUUUCCAUGCUCUCAUUUGAUUGCAUUUCUCAGUCUCUGUAAAGCACUUUGGUAAACUUUUGUUGUUUUUAAAUGUGCUUUAUAAAUAAAUUGACUUGACUUUUAGGGAAAUGGUCCUGUCUUUGUGCUCUGCUGGUUAUUCCCAGGUCUCAGCUAGUGAUCAAAGGUGAACAGGCCUUUGCUGUUAGAGUGUGGAACAGUUCGCCUGUUAAGAUCAGGCAGGCAACAUCUUUAGUAUCUGUUAAAUCUCUUUUUAAAAACAUUAUUUUAUCUGAAAGCUUUUAAGAUUUUUGCUUUAAUUACAGAAGGUGUCUGAAACCCAUGACCAAAAUAGUCAUACAUUCUGUCAUUGUGUUACUUAUGGGUGGAAUUAUAGUUUUUCCUUCUUGCUGGGGACCCCCUAGAGCCCCCUGAAGGACCCCUGAGAACCAUUGGUCUAAAAAGUGUCAUAAGGCUUUAAAAGUAUGUCAAUAGUACAAAGAAAUAAGGUUGAAAUUGGUGAAAUGUUGUUUUCACCAUGAUGUCCUCCAACUAAAGAAGGGGGGGGGAGUAUUUUGAAAAAGGAUCUUUAUUCUGCCUUCUUGUCUACUUCCGAUAGAUACUGUAACAAUACAUCGUCUGUGAAUGCCACAUGAUCUCCCAUUGACAUGCACUCUAGCACACCAUAUAUAACUUCUUCUGGGGAAAUUGAAGAAUUUCAGACAGAUGAAAAUAUCUGUGUACCCCAAAGUAAACAAUCGCUCUUAUUUUGUAAGAAAAAGUUACGUAUUUCCGUUAGUCGUCUGGCUAACUGUUAGCUAGCGGCUAGCUAAACAAACAUGGCUCUGCUACAUUAUCAGACAACGGAGCUAAAUGAUACGUAACUUAGGCAAAUUAAAAGGGAAAAUAUGCAACAAUUAGUAAGAAACGUGGCAAAUACAAAGCUGUAUAUGGAGAGCAGGUAUAUUAUUCAGUUGGUUAGCUUAGUGUAGCCUUUUGUGACCGUGUUUACACAGAGCUAGCCCUCCAGUUGGCUAAUGUAAGAUAGCAAAAUGGAGCUUGGAACAAUGUUGUACAACAAUUUAAAAGAUGUUACAUGGAGCACGACGUCUUUACCCUUAGAUCAACUUGUCAGUGCUUAUAGGUUGCCUCAAAUCGCCAAGCUGGAUAAUGGUCAGUUGGUUGAAGGGCUCAGAGACAAUGACUACCUCUUGAUUCAUUCCUGCCGUCAGUGGACGACUAUUACUGCUCACAGUCUAGAGGAGGGACACUAUGUCAUCGGGCCCAAAAUAGAGAUACCAGUUCACUAUGAAGGUCAGUUUAAGCUGCUGGAACAGGACAGAGAUGUCAAGGAACCUGUGCAAUACUUCAACAGCGUGGAGGAGGUGGCCAAAGCAUUCCCUGAAAGGGUAUACGUCAUGGAAGAAAUCACUUUCAAUGUCAAGAUGGCUUCAGGGGAAUGCAAUGAAGACACAGAAGUUUACAAUAUUACACUAAGCACCGGUGAUGAACUGACAUUAAUGGGCCAGGCUGAGAUCCUCUAUGCCAAGACCUCCAAAGAAAAAUCAAGAUUCAACACUAUCUUUAAGAAGAUCGGGAAGCUCAAUUCCAUCAGUAAGAUUGGUCGAGGCAAGAUGCCUUGCUUGAUCUGCAUGAACCAUCGCACCAAUGAGAGCAUCAGCCUACCUUUCCAGUGCAAAGGCAGGUUCAGCACCUGUAGUCCUCUGGAGCUUCAGAUGCAGGACGGGGAGCACACCAUCAGGAACAUUGUGGAGAAAACCCGUCUCCCGGUCAAUGUGACGGUACCCAGCAGUCCACCCCGCAACCAGCAUGACCUCCAUCUCAUCCGGGAAGGUCAUCGUUACAAAUUGGUCAACAUUCAGACGAAGACAGUGGUCGUGUGCUGCAUUCUGAGAAGCAACAAAAUUAUCCCCAUCCAUUUUCCCUUUCAUAUGGCCAUGCCUCGAUUUAUUAUUCCAGAGGAACUGCUGCAAGGAGAGUUGUGGCUAGACACUAUGGUGUAUCGCUGGUUCUCCUUCUGCCAGGAGCAGUUUGACAUAGAUGACUAUUCUCGUGCCGUCCGGGAUGUGCGAACUGACUGGAACGACGACGGUAAGAGCCCUAAGAAAAGCAGCGGGAAUGGCAGUUGCAGCGGAAGCAGUGCAGGCAGCAGCACCUCCAACGGGUGCGCCAACCACAUGCAGAUUCCCAGCUCUUUAACGUACGCCCGCGAUGAACUCACCCAGUCUUUCCACCGACUAUCCGUGUGCGUGUAUGGCAGCAACCUGCACGGUAACAGUGAGGUCAACUUGCAGGGAUGUAUGACGCUAUGCGGAGAUUGGGCUCUUCUGCCUUCCGACAGCAUUCCUUCAGACUCGGGAGAAAACGAACACUUUUUCCCCGAGCUAUUGGAUAGCUCAAACCAGCAGCCAUCCCUAAACAAGUCGGACGUUCCCUAUGAGGAGCUGUGGCUGGAUCACUUGAGAGGCCAGAUCCCAAAAUCGUCUUUAACUGAGGGAAUCCGAGGCAUCAACAACGGCUGUGGUACAACAGCAGCCCUGUCAUACCCAGUCACUUGUCCUGUUGGUGCAGUGACUAGCUCAGAUGUGUCUCUUACUCCACCACCAGUCCCACCCAAGUCUGAAGCUGUGAAGGAAGAAUGCCGUCUUUUGAAUGCCCCACCGAUUCCGCCACGAAGUUUGAAACAGAUGCCAUCGGUACCCAUCCUGUCCAAACCACGGCAGCAGGAGACGCGCUCUCCAAGUCCAACCCUCUCCUAUUAUUCUUCUGGGCUCCACAACAUUAUUGGAGCAAGCGAGCAAGAGGCGGCUGAACCACAAGAGCAAAGCCAAGUGUGCUACCCUUGUAACUGGGGUAAAUCCACCAGUGAGCCAAAUGCUACUUUGCCCAGUGGUAGCCUGCCCUCAGACGGGAUGUCCUCCAGGUUGUCUUGGCCAAAUAACUUCAGUGGAGGAGAAUCGCGUGGUAUGGAUGAAUUUCUACCAGCCAGCUGUCGAAGUUACUACAGUUACCCCAGAAAGAGAUCCCCAAAUACAAAAACCUGCACAUCCAGCCUUGUUGACUUUGAUGGCCGAGAGCACGCACACAGCAGUAAAGACUUCAGAUUGCAGAAAGCUUCUCUGAAUCAGUUCUGCACCAAAUCCUCAAGUUACAAUUCGGAAAUGUACAGAGACAAGCCGAUAGAAGAAUCAAACACUAAGCAGAGCCUCUCUUGCCCCAUCUUACCGCCGAGAACACCGAAAUCAAAUGCCGUAAAGAAGUGCAAAGAUUUACUGUCCGGAUCAACCUGUGACAGUACGCAGGACACUUCAAAUUGCUCACUUACUCAACAUGAGGAAGGCACAAAAGAGAUACAGCCCACCACUAACCCAUUAACUCCUAACUGUCCGUCCUCUUCUCCCACUGCGCAAUGGCAGCCCCCAUCCAGCCUGGCUGGUCUCUCUAUUGAAGAGGUGUCCAAAUCUCUCAGAUUUAUCGGCCUGCCAGAUGACAUUGUUUCUCUUUUUGUUUCUGAGAAGAUUGAUGGGAAUUUACUCCUGCAGCUCACUGAAGAGAUUUUGUCCGAGGACUUCAAGCUAAGCAAACUGCAAGUGAAGAAACUCAUGCAGUUCAUUAAUGGAUGGAGACCUAAGAUAUAACUAACAUUAUAUGACACUAAAUCCUGUUAUAAAGCAGGGAAAGUCAUGCCUUCAGUAUAUAUGCUAUGCACACCAAGCCACAAAGAGUUUCUUUUUGUAUAAUAUGAAUCUAUUUCCUUGUUACUACAUUGUGGGGAAGACAGUUGGGUAAUACUUCUCAACCCACUUAAAGUCUGUGACUGCUAUUUGCUAACUGAAUUGAAUAAUUUGGCACUUUCAUGAAGACAUUUUCAUGUCAACUACUUAGUACUUUUCCAUCCACAACACACUAGUGUUCAUGUCGCUACACAAAUCCUAAUUUAAGCCACCAAAUUGAAAGGAAAUCAACAUUGAUGUGACUGUCACAUGAAUUAGGAGGGCAGGAAAACAUUCUACUUAAAGAGAUCUGCUUGAUUAGGACAUUGUAUGGUUCUGUUUUUAAAGGGUAAUUUUUAAAAGAGCACAAACCAGAGGAUGGACUAUAGUAUAUGUUGUUUAUUUAAUACAUGAAAAAAAUAUUAUUUUGGUUUUAGAAGCGGAUACACAGUUGCUGUUGUUGGAUGGAUAUCACAGCUUGACGGUAAGAGAUGGAUUCUAGGCUGGUAUCCAGUCAUCAGGAUGUGGUAACCAAAACGAUUAUGGCAUUUUAUCUUAAAAAAAACUUAACAAUACCUAGCUUAAAUCCCAAAUAUGCAAUCAUAUAAUUAUGCGGUUAGCAAUAUGUCUUAUGAUGCGCACUGUUUUUAGUUUUCUGUACAGGGUUCAGUCAUGCACCUUUUUCAUGAGAUGUGAUUAAGUGUCAAUGCAAGUGCAUUUCUGAACAAAGUGGGUUCGAUUGACUGUUGGUAAAUGAAGAGUCCACCUGCGUGCUGACAACAGGUAUAAAGAUAUACUUGUGUUCUUUUAAAAAUGUACCGCUUUGAGCUCUUAUUAAGCCUUAUGUUCGCUCUGCACUCUUCACUACUCUUCCAAAUGGCAAAAAAUAAGCAAUGAUGUAAACCUCACCCUCGAGCCUGUGGUAUCAUACUGAUGUACAGCUCCUUAAAAUAGACGUGAGAAAAAUGAAAGAAGGAAGCUGUGACAUACCUAAAUAUUAUUUAAUUUCCAAGAUCUAAAUGGAUAAUGAAUUUAGCCCGUAUUGUAAUUUUUGAAGACUGGCGCGUAGGAUCAAACUAAUAAAAGUCAGCUUUAAAUUUAAAUGCAGAAGCAGCUGUCUGUACAUCAGUCUGAUAUCAGGUGUUGGUUAACUGUAUAGUUUUAGAAGAUAAACAGUCGCAUGUAUUUAAACCAACUGCGCCAUCAUAAAUUGCAUUGUUGGUGUGAUAUCCUACUUUAUGGACCUAUGCUACUAAUAAUGAGCCAAAUCAAAUGCGCCAACAAUUAUCAUGAUCUCUGACAGGAUGUUGUGUUUGUCAAGUCUCUGCAUGCAAGGCCUUUUUAAUCUAAAGUUGAAUUCAACUAUAUUACUACUUGUUUUAACCUAAAAUGUCUCCACUAAAGGUAACUUAAGGUCAUUUAUAACUGAAAAUGCCUGAGGCCUAACAAACUAUGUCCUUUCUCUAAAACUAAUAUGGAAACAACCAACAGAGGUAAAAAACCAUGACAUUCUACGUAAAAUACAAAUUAUGCAUCAUGCACUUUGGUAGAUUUCAGUCUAAUUAAUUGCAGUUACAGUCAUUAAAUAUAAACCUAUAAAAGAAGAGAGUCUAUGUAGAGAUUGAAUGCACUACACGUUUUUUCAAAACUAAAAUGGUACUUCAUCUUUGUUGUCCUUCUAUGUGUUGUAAGUGUCUGUAAUGUAAGAUACAAAGAUAGCUUUCCUGCGCCUUAACCCAGAGACCUUAAAAAAAAAAAAAAAUUCACUUUGGCUUAACGUUUUCAUUUUGCCAGUCUCUUGUCAUGAGAAUAUGUUCUAACAUUAACAUCUCAACAUGAACUGAGGGAAUGAUGUUAAGUGUGUUUUUUGCUGGUAUUUUUUCACCUCUGGAGCUGAAAUUGAAAAUGAUAUGCUAAAAUGAAAUAUUGGUACCAAACUUUCUUUUUUUUCCUAUAGCCUUGAUUCAGAGUUGAUUUAUUUAUGCAGUUAUUUAACUCAUUUAACAGAAUGCUAAAUAUGCAUAAUACUUAUCAGCCCGUUUGUCUGGCUGAUAUGUGAAGGUGCCUCAAAAAACAGCCUUUAUACAACCCAGGUCUGAUCUGUUGGCCAACAACUGUUGUUUUUCCCCCCUGACACCUGUUGCCAUGGGGUGUUACAUAUGUUACUUGACAUUUUUAUUUUAUGUAAAUGCAAAUUUAAUGAAAUUUUUUUUUAAAAAAAGAAAGUGAUUACUAAUGUUGAAUUUAUUUUUAUUGAGAAAAAGCUUAUGUUCAAAUUCCUGUAAUUUCUGUUUAUAUUUUUAUUCUACGCAACUUGGGAUCUACUUGGGUUUUUAUAAGCCCAUGCAUUAAAAUAACACUCAUGAGGAAAUAAACCUGCCAGCCUCAGUCACACUACAUGGACAGUGACCAAAAUAAUGUUAAUAAGCCAUGUGUCCAGGUAAUUUUCCAGAUUUCUUUGUAACUUUGUCACAGUAUCCAUAUUUUUGAAUGGGGUAUGGCAUGUGUCCUUUGAAGCUAUGAUGAUACGGUGGUUAGUGUACUAUGCAAUAGCCAUGGCACUCCAAAGACGCCAUGGGAAGGAACAACAAAGCAGUGAUUGACAAUAAGAGGCAAUGGAGUAUUAUGUGUAUUGAAAUUGCCACAGUGUUAAUUUCAGGGGCGUGAAGACCGUACAUGCCAAAGGAAUUCUUCCAAGUCGAUCAUUUUACUUGAAUAAUUCCGAGAUACAUAAACUGUGAACACACUACGACAACCGACCCAGUCCCAUGAACAUACACUACCAUCAAGCAGUCAAUACUGAAGGGUGUUCCAUGUUGAUAAUGCCUGUUAGCUCUGGGCCGAAGCCUACGUGAAUUAUUGUCUUUUUUUUUUUUUUUUGUGCAAAGAAGAGGGAAAUGACUGCGGCACAGGGUUGGAUAGCAUUUGGAAUAGUAUUGGUAAGCAUUACUGAAAUCUUCAGUUACCUUUCAACUUAACUCUUGUUUCCAUAUUUUUGAUUGUAUAAUCUAUUAAAAAUGGAUUAACUGUU